AUGUUGAUCGAAACUGUAAAAUUGCAUUUUACUAUCUUAACAGCUUCCUCUGCUAAUGUAUCAUCAAUCCCUUCAUUUCCUGAGUAUGAUUUAAAUUCCAGUUUGUUACCAUUAGAAAUAAGGCAGAAGUUAACAGAAAUAGUUCAAACCAAAGGAUCAGACUUACUACAAGCAUGUAAGAACUUUGAUCGCAGGGCUACAAAUAAAAUUUCUAAGACACAACUUAGGCAGGUUCUUAGAAUGUUUUGUUUCCCCAUUACUGCUGCACAAUUUGACUCAUUAUGUGAAUAUGCAAAGUUGAGCUCCACUGGAAAAAUAAACUAUCGAGAUUUUUUCUUGAAAAUAUCGAAUCUUAAAAAAAUUUCCGAUUGUAAGAAAUCUGAAAGGAUUUCUGACAAUCUUCCUGUAGAUGAAGUUGAACUUAGAAUUAAAGAAAAAAUAAAACCUCGAUUACGUGACAUCAUUCGUUCCUUCUGGCUAUUUGAUAUCAACAAAGAUGGAUUCAUUCAGAAAAGUGAAUUGAGACGAAUCAUUCGCAAUUAUUGUUUUGAUUUGAGUGAUAAUGCUUAUGAGGAACUUUGGAAAAACUAUGAUCCUAAAGGAUCUAGUAUCAUCAAGUAUCGGGAUUUCUUGGUGAAGCUCGGUAUUAAUACGGAUAGAUAUGAAAAAUAUAUGCCACCUGAAAAUGUUGCAAGUUCUCUUAGUUGGACUGACAAAAAGGCAAAGGAUAAAGUGGAUGGUAUCAGCAAUGAACAGAAAUGUAAAAGAGCUGCUUUAGAAAAUAGAGAUGAUCCAAUUAUUCAGGGUCUUCCCAUGGAAGAAGUGAUGAUUAUUUUUGCUGACAGAAUUCAGAAUAGAGAAAAAUUACUGAAGAAAACUUUUAAAUUGUUUGAUUAUGAAAAGAAUGGCACAGUUUCUUUAUCUGAUUUCCGUGGAGUUUUAAAUUUUUUCGUUAUGGCUAUGUCUGCUAAUUUGUUUAAUCGUAUUAUCAAGAGAGCUGUAGAAAUCGGUCUGAACUUUAAACUAUCUGAUGAGGAGUAUAAAGAAUUGACUAAUCUAUUGGACCCAGGAAGUACAAACCUCAUCAAAUGCAUGGACUUUCUAAGGCUGUUUGAAGGACCUUGUGAGAGUACAUGUCAAGUAAAAGCUAUGGAUUGUGUUGGCUCAAGUGGAGUUUUGGAUGUUUCAGAAAAACCAAUGGAUUUGAAAAAAUAUUGUGAUUUGACUGGCGAGAAACUUGUUUCCAAAUUGAAGCAUCAUGUGAACAAAAAUAUCUCAAAUAUUGAAAAAGCUAUUCUUGUUUGUGAUCCUGAUCAAAGUGGUUUCAUAGCACCUGAAUGUCUUCAAAACAUUUUGUCUGGUUAUUGCUUUCCUUUGUCAAAUAAACAAUGUCAAGAAAUAGUUUCAGACUUGAGACUUUACGGGAAAGACAUUAAUUACAAUGAUUUUUUCCAAAAGUACAAGAAAAAGCCCGAAGAUGACAUGAAAAAAUGGGUUGCAAUGGUGGAUAAAUUAGUCACAUUCAAAUCCAGAUGCCCUCCUGAACUGCCAGUGGAUGAAUCUGAAGAAAUGUUAUACGACUGUGUGAGAGCUAGAAAGACAGGCAUGUUGAAGGAUUUUAAAUCUCUGGAUUUGUGCAAUGUUGGUGUUGUAUGUAAAGAUGAUGUGAAAACAGUUUUCAAAAAGUAUGCAUUUCGAUUCAACGAUAAGCAGUUUAAUGAGUUAUGGAAAAAGUUUCCCCGCAACCAGUUUGAUCAACUUAUUUAUGACCAGUUUUUUGAAGAAUACUCAACUAAAGUACAGAAGCCCUUUGACUCACCAAAAACAGAAAACAAUAUCAAACCUGAGAAUGAAAGUGGUGAAGAAGAUCUUAAAUCUGAAGCAAAAGUGAAAGUUAAAUUGGGUAAUGAUAGCAACCAGAAGGAAGAAAACAGGAAAAGUGCAAAAGAAAUUUUAUAUUCCAAAGCUCCUCAAUUGAAAAAUAUCUUUGAAUCCAUUGAGCCUGCAAUAAUAAGAAAUUUUCGAACAAUUCGUUUCAAUUUACGUCGUGCUGACCCCAAGGUUACAGGGAUAAUUGAUUUUAAAGUUUUAAAGAGCAUCUUGGCAAAAUCUGGAAUAUAUUUUAGCAAAGAAGAUGAAUUCCAAAUUCUAGAGUAUUUUGAUUCUCAUCUUGCUGGGAAAAUUAACUACAGAGAUUUUUUACGCAUAUUUGUAUGGUAUGCUUGACCCAGUUUUGGAUUUUGUUUAAAUAUAUUUGAAAAUAAUUCUAAAUUGCUUAUUCUGUAAAUAAAAUUUACAUAC